GACAUUUUAUUUUGUGUAUAUUUUAUAACGAUAGGGCCUGUGAGAGACUGAACACAAGCAUCGAGUCAGUGGUUAACAUUUUGUAUUAGCAGCAGUCCACUGCACUGCUGAGCCCUUAAGCCACGUUCAGCCACACCACUGAGCUGGUUUGUUCACAAACAACUGGUUACUGCUCGGGAAGUGAAGACCCGGAAAGGUCACAGGUUUUUGUCCCCACCAUGGACAGUAUGGUAGAGAAUCUGUCAAAAACUGAGUUUAUCAGCAUUUGUGUUCGCAAUCCAAGGCUUCUUAAAGAUUACCUCUGGCACGCACACCUCGACUACGAGAUUUGUUUACAAACCAAUAGCAUGUGUUUUCGAAAGAAGACUUCCAGUGUAAGGCGGCGUUACAGUGAGUUUGUUUGGCUGCGUGAUUGUCUGGAACAGAAUGCUCUGAUCAUGGAGUUACCCAACUUGCCGCCCUGGAACCCCUUCUUCAGUCCGGGGAACAAAGAGCAGGUCUUGCAGAGGAUGAAGGGCUUCCAGGAGUUUUUAGAAAGUGUUGUUCAAAUACCUUUGUUGUUAUCGGACAGUCGACUCCAUCUGUUCCUGCAGUCAGACCUCAGCAUCACAAAGAUGGCAAAGUGUGCUUCUGGUAAGACUAGCUACACAGUGGCUGAAGCCAUACAGCGUUCCGGCAGCGGUUGCAUCAGCAGACUAGAAGACAAGGCCUCCUUUGACUCUGACUGUGAAAGCAGCUGUUCUUCGUCAGGCUUGGGAGGAAGUGUGGACACUUCAGUGCGAUGAAGCCCCGUCCCCUUCUUCGAGAUACUCCAUGGAGCUCUUGCUUAUCUAUCUUAACUUUCCUUCCAAAGAACAUGUUUUACCUUUCUAUUAACUUCAUUAGUCCCCUUAGACAGUUGUUUUAAUGAGCUUUAGUUUUCUCUUAAAGCAAAACCAUAGUAAUUUAAUUCAGUGUGUCUUGUAAAAAAGAUCAUGUUUUAUGUAUACAUUUUUAUGUGCACAGAAGCUGUACGGAGGAUAGCAAGGGAUGAGAUAUGAAUUGUACAUGUGAUACAAUUGUGAUUUUUAGAAAAAAAUAUUUUAAUACUUAUGUUAAUGGCUGCAAUAAAUUGUCUUUAUAAAUUAA